AUGACAGCCAGAAAGAGUCAACGGGCACCCACUGCUUGCUCUAGCUGUGCUAAACGUCGGGUGAGAUGCGACAAGCAGAUCCCAUGUGGAACUUGUCUCGCAAGAGGCCUUGAAACCACAUGUGCAAGAGAAGUUGUCAAAGUCAAAGGCCAAGUUACCAGAGACAGUGCAAAUCAGAAAGAGCGAGUUCUAUCAUAUCUUGAACUCCAACAAGAAAACGAUCGACUAAAGGCCGAGCUAUUCAAACCCAGCCUACUUCGACAGCGGAAAACAACUUCUUCUACAUACCCUAGAUGGGAAAACAUCAUUGAAAUGCUCGAAACCCAGACGAAUUUGCAACAUGGCAAAAGCGCUUAUCAUCAGAAGGUGUGGAAUCGAACAGACAUCCGGAUGCCAAGCAAAGCCUGCAGUGAUGUUCUAUUGCAUCAUGGCUUUACGUGGACCUCAUGGAUCCAUUUCGCUGUUCAUCUGCAAACAUUCGAGCUAGAGCACGAGUCUGCUUGGAUGAGCGGGAUGUUCCUCGAUGGCGAUACUCUCUGGCUUGCUAUGAGUCUUAUGUUUAUGGACGAGGAUGAAGCUAGAAAAGCGGGACUACCUCUAGAAAAUACACCUGAGCUUGUUCAAAACUGGUAUAACACAGCGCUCUUCUUCCUCAACGAGGCUGACUUCAUGCGGAAUCCUGAUUUCAGGAUAGUGCAGGCCAUUGCCAUACUGAUCGGGCUGGCCAAAAAUGUUGGGGACUUUAAUCUUCAGCCAGUUCUUCAAGUAACAGGAAUAAGGAUAGGGCAGAUCUUGGGAAUGGAUCAGGAGCCUCCCAUGGUAUCCAACGACCCUGUUAUGCAAGAGAUCAGUCGACGAGUUUGGUGGACCUUGAUCAUCUGUGAAUGGCUGUCCAUACCAGCGCAUCCGCCCUGCAUCCACGAAGCGGACUUCAAUGUUAGACUACCACUGGUCCUAUCAGAUGAAGAGUUAGCGACAGAAUUAAUUGACGAGCCGAAUACAGCCAUCAAAACGCCACGUCCAGUGGAUUAUCACAAUGCUAUGAUCUUCUUAGCACAAUCGAACUAUCGCUUUCGAAUCCAAAUGUCGGCCAUUGAAAAUCUAGGUGGAGAUAAUCUUCUUGAAGACCUUGUUCUGACAACGGAUGAAGCCCUGGCCAAUAUUAUCUCACAGUUGCCAUCUCAUCUUCUCGAGAUCACUGGAGGACCAGGCCAAGACAGGGAACAAUAUCCACCUUGGGUAUUGUGGCAACAAACUACCUUGUCUCUCUCAUUUCUGUUCUGUCGAAUGAAGGUUAACCGAGUCCUACAACAUCGAUGGGCCUCCUCUUCAGAUGUCCUUCUUGUAAGAUCCAAGGCAAUAUGUUUAGACUCGGCCAACACAAUUGUGUCCAUGGUCAAGCAACACAAGGUUGUGUUGGCACGCCAUCGUCCAUGGGCAACAACCUCUGCCUUAUUUUCUGCUGCCUUGACCCUUGCAGCAGAGGCAAAGCGUCUUGGCUCAAAUGCAGCAGAGGAAUAUAUUGACAGAAUUCAAACUUGUUCCUCAUUUUUGAGUAUAUCAAAGAUCACAGCGCUCUUGCGAUGCGAGUGCUAG